AUGUGGAGUGUUGUCACUGAAGGACCCAUCAAGAUCGACAAAGAAAAAUCUGAAUGGAAAAGUGAAGAUAAGAGGAAGAACAACCUUGACAACUUGGUCAUGGACAUAUUGUAUAGAUCCCUUGACGACAGCAUGUUCAACUACAUCAUAUCUUCCGAGUCUAUCAAUGAAAUUUGGGACAGACUCACUCAACUCUAUGAAGACAAUGCGCAAACCAAAGAGAACAAGAUCACGAUUUCCACAAAGCAGUUUGACAACUUUAAGAUGUGUAUAGGAGAGACGAUGAAUGAAUUUUAUUCAAGAUUCAGUCAGAUUGUCACCACCCUAUCCAUUUUGGGCAAGACCUACAACAACAGAGAGAUUUCUAUAAAGAUUAUGCAUGCAUUACCAAGGGAGUGGGACAUCAAGUCCAUGGCUUAUGAGUUCGAGUUGAACUCUAGGAUUGAAGAGGAGCACCCCUCAGCCAUCAUCAUAACCAAAGAUUUGGUUACUGCCGAUGAGCAACUAGUUGCCACUGAAGUGAAGACAACUUCCCAACAGCUUCGCAACGAUGCAAUGGCUCUCAUCGUGAAAAAGUUUGGCAAAUUUAUAAAGAAGAGCAAUUCUAACUCAAACAACUCAAAUAUUAAUGAUGAUAAGAAAUCUAAUGAUGGAAAAUUUAAAGUGAAGUGCUUUAACAGUGGUAUUUUAGGUUAUUACAAAGCGGAAUGCAGAAAGUCAAAGUGUGAUGAAAAGAAAAAGGACGAAGAGAAAGAGCUGAAGGCUCCGGCUGACGGGAAGGCCAAAUGGAACUACAGCGACUCUGACUCAUCGUCCAAUGAUAAUUAUGAUGACGAGGUUGCUUGUUUCAUAGUAAGAGAAGAAGAAGAAGAAUCUAUGGAAUCGGAGGUAUUUGAUUUCUCUUCUAAAGAAUUCUCACGGAAGGAACUGGUAGCUGCACUCAAUGACAUGGUCAUAGAGUAUAAAAAGAUAUCAGAAUCCUAUAAUGAAAUAAAAUCCACCUUUGAAAUGUCUCAACCGAUUUUAUCACAAACUCUAGAACAAAAAGUUUUUGAAAAUAACAAUGAAGAGGUCUCAUCUAAGAAUGAGAUGCUGAAAGAAAAAGAUUCAAACUCUCUCUUCUAA